UACAUGUCGAGGUUCUUGGUGGAGUUCAACAAGUCCUAUAGAAGCAAGAGUAAGUUCACCGUCUGUUGGACCAUGCUGAGAGGCAACUAUCUUGUCGAGCUCUAUCUCUUCAUUAAGGCCAUGUACAUAGCGAACGUGUUGGGGCAGUUGUUCCUGUUGAACGCCUUUCUGGGCAACGAGUACCACUUGUACGGGAUCGACGUCCUGAAGAGGCUGCUGGCCAAUCAACCCUGGACCACCUCGCACAGGUUUCCUAGGGUCACCAUCUGCGAUUUCCACAUCCGAAUGCUGGGCAACUCACACAGACACACGAUCCAGUGUGCCCUACCGAUGAACCUCUUCUACGAAAUCAUCUUUAUCUUCUUCUGGUUCUGGUUCGUGUUCGUGGCCAUCAGUACCAUCUGUAGUCUGCUCAUCUGGUUGUUCACCUCUCUAUUUUACUCCUAUCAGGAGGCCUACAUCCGACAACGUUUAUUGGCCAUGAACAAAAUCAGCAAGAGUCAGCGGGGUCAAGUUAGGUCGUUCGUGACAGAGCACCUCAGAAGAGAUGGCUGCUUCAUCACUCGAUUGGUAGCCAAGAACUCGAGUGACCUCAUCGCAUCCCAACUUCUUUCCGGUCUGUGGGAGUACUACCUGGACUCCGUCACGAACAAGGAAUCUUCAAAGAGGAGAGACAGCACGUCGAGUGGGAGCGGCGGGGAAGGGAGGGCGGAGCACAACAGGAGGAUGCAACAGGAAGAGGAAACAGUCAUCAAGAGAGUCAAAAGUUAAAAGAGGGGGUUGUCUUUAAAAGAAAUUAAUCAUUCAUAUACAAGCUUUAUUUUCAGGUGCUCAAUAAAAUCGCCUCACUAUAUUCAAUAAUAGUGGACCGAUUUAUCUUAUUUUGAACACUAUUGAUUUUUAAACGGUUGUUUAGCGUUAUAGUUUAGUAAAUUUUGUGAGGUGGACCAGCGUCGUCAUGAGCUAUCAUCUGAGGAAUUUGAACAUUUAAAAAAAGUUUUUCGCAUUUACAUGUUAACCAUUAAUUCCAUUGUAAAUUGUUUACUUUUUGUUAUACAAUUUUCCAUUACGAGCACCACACCACACCAUAACCUUUUCGUAUGGAAACAUGCGCUUUCAUGUACACACACACCCUAUUCAGCGCAACACAAUUGUAGGUAAGCACAUUUCUUUACCACACUAACUUACAUCUGCAAUCAUGAACGCACACCAACGAGAACGAAAAAACAGAAAUGUAAACCUGGUACCUACUGAGAAAAUGAAAUUAAUGUUUAACUCACAAACUCGAACCAAUGCAACACCAAAAGCCUUUAAAAGUAUUCCUUCAUCCAUAAUUUGUUUUACUGUUUUUCAAUAAUAUUGUUUUUUAUUUAAAAGUGCGUAUAAUACAUUUCAUAUGCAAAAAGAACACUUCCUACAAACGUUAAUGUUCAUAUACAGCGCCUACACUAUACUAUGUGUUGUUCAGCAUUAUCUUAAAAAUGAAUACUUGCACGUACGUUGUUAAUAUUCGUACGUAAUUAACACUCAUUUAUGUUUCGAAUUAUUUUAUUUCUUUUUUAAAUUAUUUUAAAUAUUAUAGAAGAAAACGUUCUGGAAUUUAAAGUAAUCAUGUAAAUGUAGCAAACAAUCAUUUUUUAUUUGUCAUUAUAUUCACUAGGUGCCUUCACUGUUUUACCGAUAAUUUGCAGCCAAUAAUGAAGUUAACAUCUAUCGCUUACAUAUACAUAAUGUCAACUUCUCAGCGAGUUUUUUUUAUUUGUAUAGAAAUUGACAUUUCACACAGCAAUUCAAACAAUUUGAGAUUUUGCAAAUAAAUUUGACGAUAAAAAUUUUAUUUUAUAGAUUGCUAGUCAGCAAGGUGUGUGACAUUAUUAGCAUUGACAUAAAUACAAACAACCGCACACUCGGUUGGCUAUCUGGAAAAAUGAAAUACAACAAACAAUCUU